GCCUCCAUUCCCACGUGGAGGCAAGUUGGAGCAGAAAGGUCCGGCUGCAGGCCGGAGUGCAAAGAGCCGACGUCCUCCACGGUUUCAGAAUGACGGCGGAUAUCGAGCGGCUCCUGAUCCAGUUCAAAGAUGAAUCCGGGGAGGUUCUGGGCCCGUUUGAUGUCCCCGUGGAUAUCACCCCGGAAAAGCUUCAGUUGGUUUGCAACACCCUCCUGGAGAAGGAGGAGCCCGUCCCCUUGGCCUUCUACGUCCAGGAGUCCGAAAUCGUGGCCUCCCUGCAGAAGACCCUGGCCGAACUGACCCUGGAGACCGAGCGGGUGGUCGAGAUCGUCUACCAGCCCCAGGCCGUGUUCCGGGUGCGAGCGGUGACCCGCUGCACCAGCUCCUUGGAGGGCCACAGCGAGGCCGUCAUCUCGGUGGCCUUCAGCCCCACCGGGAAGUACCUGGCCAGCGGCUCCGGGGACACCACCGUCCGCUUCUGGGACUUGAACACGGAGACCCCGCAUUUUACAGCCAAAGGUCACCGCCAUUGGGUGCUGAGCAUCGCUUGGUCGCCCGACGGAAGAAAACUGGCAUCCGGGUGUAAGAAUGGGCAGAUAAUGCUCUGGGAUCCAAGCACCGGGCUCCAGAUUGGCCGUACUCUAGUGGGUCACUCCAAGUGGAUCACUUCGCUCUGCUGGGAACCUCUGCAUUUGAAUCCCGAGUGUCGCUACUUAGCCAGCUCUUCCAAAGAUGGCAGCGUUCGAAUCUGGGACACGGUGGCCGGUCGCUACGACAAAAUCCUCACCAGCCACACUCAGUCGGUCACCUGCCUCCGCUGGGGGGGCGACGGCUUGUUGUAUUCCUCUUCGCAAGACCGCACCAUCAAAGUCUGGAGGGCCGAGGACGGCAUCCUAUGCCGCACCUUGCAGGGCCACGCCCACUGGGUCAAUACGAUGGCCCUCAGCACGGAUUAUGUCCUCCGGACAGGAGCGUUUGAGCCGGCCAAAGCUUCUAUCAACCCCCAGGAUUUGAGCGGAUCACUGGCAGAGAUCAAGCAAAACGCACUAUCGAGGUACAAUCAAAUCAGGGGCCAAGGACCGGAAAGGCUCGUCUCUGGAUCGGAUGACUUCACCUUGUUUCUCUGGCUUCCCGCCGAAGAUAAGAAGCCAUUGACGAGAAUGACAGGCCAUCAAGCGCUAAUCAAUCAAGUCCUCUUUUCCCCUGAUACCCGCACCAUCGCCAGCGCGUCCUUCGACAAGUCAAUCAAGCUCUGGGAUGGACGGACCGGGAAGUAUCUCACCUCCCUGCGGGGACACGUCUCAGCUGUGUACCAGAUUGCGUGGUCGGCCGACAGUCGUCUGCUGGUCAGCGGAAGCAGCGACAGCACCCUCAAAGUGUGGGACGCCAAGACACAGAAAUUGGCCGUUGACCUGCCUGGACAUGCCGAUGAGGUGUUUGCGGUAGACUGGAGUCCCGAUGGCCAACGAGUAGCAAGUGGAGGGAAGGACAAAUGUCUCCGGAUAUGGAGACGAUAGCGGAAGGACUGGCGAAAGGAAAAUUAUUUUCUGGCGCUAACUAUGGUCUACUCCUCCUCCUGUUUUAGGGAAGAUUUGGGGGUUUGAGAAUGGGGCCAUUGUACAGAAUACUUGGCAGACGAUUUCCUUAUAUAUAUCGAACACUAGAAAAAUAUAUUGAAUAUUUUCAUGUUACUAUCAACAUGGAUGCUACAGCAUAAGCAGGAACUAUGCUGGUCACAAAUAAGCCAUCAUUCCUUUGCUUUGGACUCCUGUCAGUAAGAUGGAUAUAAUUAUGUCAUUCCCUCGAAUAGCAAACUGAAGUGAGUAUAGAAGGAAUUGGGACUCUCAAGAAAUGAAAUAAAGGUAUCAGCAGGCAUGGCUGAAUUUAAAUAUUUCGACCACUUUAAAAUAUAUAUAUUAUCUAGGAAGACUGAAAAACAAACAGAAAAAAAUUCAGAGUGGACUGAAGAUACAGCACAAAAGCAGCCACAAUUUUGACUAAACGUUCAGUAAAACGAAGAAGCAAAGAUGGAAUGGAGUCGGCCAAAAAAAAGGAUGGAGGCUGGCAGGAAAUCUGGAGCUCCUUAGAAGACGGGACUACUAGAUCAGUGCUGCAAUUUUUAUUUUUAUUUUGCGGAUGGUAUUUCUUCAUUAUAUCCUUUUAGAAAUCGUGUCUCCAGUUUUUAAAUCAAAAUGUUUUACGGUGAUAAAAGAAAAUUGCCAGGA